GAGACUUCAAUUAAGAAGAUUGUAUUUCAACAAUUUUUUUUUUUUUUCCCCUUCUUCCCCCCUUGCCCUCCCCCUCUCCACUUCAGAUGUUCAACCUCAAAUCAGCAGAGGGAUCGAAGCCACUCCGCUGCCGUUCCGGGGGGAAACACCCCUUUCUGCAAUGCAAGCCUGACGACAGAAGACCACAAAGAGCCAAAGAAACUGCCAGUUGUUCACACCUCUCAGUCGAGUGAGUUGGUUGUCACCUAUUUUUUUUGCGGAGAAGAAAUUCCCUACAGGAGGAUGUUAAAGGCCCAGAGCCUGACACUUGGGCACUUUAAAGAGCAGCUGAGCAAAAAGGGAAAUUACAGAUACUACUUCAAAAAAGCGAGCGACGAGUUCGACUGCGGCGCGGUGUUUGAAGAGGUUUGGGAAGAUGAAACCAUCCUGCCGAUGUACGAAGGAAGGAUUCUUGGGAAAGUAGAAAGGAUCGAUUGAUGGCAUCUGUGUUUCUUAAGGAAAGUUAAG